AUGGAACGGGGUACAACAUCUAGAGGGGAUUACCAGAGCAAUACAACAUCUAGCGGGGAUUACCAGAGCAAUACAACAUCUAGCGGGGAUUACCAGAGCAAUACAACAUCUAGCGGGGAUUACCAGAGCAAUACAACAUCUAGCGGGGAUUACCAGAGCAAUACAACAUCUAGCGGGGAUUACCAGAGUAAUACAACAUCUAGCCGGGAUUACCAGAGCAAUACAACAUCUAGCGGGGAUUACCAGAGUAAUACAACAUCUAGCGGGGAUUACCAGGGCAAUACAACAUCUAGCGGGCGGGGUACAACAUCUAGAGGGGAUUACCAGAGCAAUACAACAUCUAGCGGGGAUUACCAGAGCAAUACAACAUCUAGCGGGGAUUACCAGAGCAAUACAACAUCUAGCGGGGAUUACCAGAGUAAUACAACAUCUAGCGGGGAUUACCAGAGCAAUACAACAUCUAGCGGGGAUUACCAGAGUAAUACAACAUCUAGCCGGGAUUACCAGAGCAAUACAACAUCUAGCGGGGAUUACCAGAGUAAUACAACAUCUAGCGGGGAUUACCAGGGCAAUACAACAUCUAGCGGGCGGGGUACAACAUCUAGAGGGGAUUACCAGAGCAAUACAACAUCUAGCGGGGAUUACCAGAGCAAUACAACAUCUAGCGGGGAUUACCAGAGCAAUACAACAUCUAGCGGGGAUUACCAGAGUAAUACAACAUCUAGCGGGGAUUACCAGAGCAAUACAACAUCUAGCGGGGAUUACCAGAGUAAUACAACAUCUAGCCGGGAUUACCAGAGCAAUACAACAUCUAGCGGGGAUUACCAGAGUAAUACAACAUCUAGCGGGGAUUACCAGGGCAAUACAACAUCUAGCGGGAAUUACCAGAUCAAUACAAAAUCUAGCGGGGAUUACCAGGGCAAUACAACACCUAGCGGGGAUUACCAGACCAAUACAACAUCUAGCGGGGAUUACCAGAUCUAUACAACAUCUAGCGGGGAUUACCAGAGCAAUACAACAUCUAGCAGGGAUUACCAGAGCAAUACAACAUCUAGCAGGGAUUACCAGAGCAAUAAAACAUCUAGCAGGGAUUACCAGAGCAAUACAACAUCUAGCGGGGAUUACCAGAGCAAUACAACAUCUAGCGGGGAUUACCAGAACAAUACAACAUCUAGCGGGGAUUACCAGAGCAAUACAACAUCUAGCAGGGAUUACCAGAGCAAUACAACAUCUAGCGGGGUACAACAUCUAGCGGGGAUUACCAGAGUAAUACAACAUCUAGGGGGGAUUACCAGAGCAAUACAACAUCUAGCGGGGAUUACCAGAGCAAUACAACAUCUAGCGGGGAUUACCAGAGCAAUACAACAUCUAGCGGGGAUUACCAGAGUAAUACAACAUCUAGCGGGGAUUACCAGAGCAAUACAACAUCUAGCGGGGAUUACCAGAGUAAUACAACAUCUAGCGGGGAUUACCAGAGCAAUACAACAUCGGCAGGUUUUACUUCAAAUUAACUGA